AUGAGAAUGAGGGUGGUUAUGAAGACUGCCUCCAAAACCGAACGAACCAUUUCACAGAAAACUGAAGCAGUUCAAGAGGAUGACGAUUGGAGUUGUAGAAGUGAACUCGUGUCAUCCUUUGUGCAUACAUCGAGAAGUGAGCCACAAAAAACUCAAGGUGAAGAUCAAGCUACAGCAACACCAGGCCACGAAGACGAGCAUUCGUUAGGAGUGAGCGACGAUGAAGAUGUCGUCUCUGAGGAAGAUGGUGAAGCAACCAUACCCAAUGAAAAUGAAGAAUCCGACUGGGAGACUGUUAAUAAGGCUCCAAAAGAAGGACUUCAUUUGGAGAGAGAAGAAGAAGAAACCGUCUUGAUUGUUCCAUGUGAACUUGUUGUUUCAUUGGACACCAUUAAGGGAACCUUUGAAAUUACCAACAAACACAUUUACUUUAUUGUGAACCCUGACGUUGACACGAAAGAGAAGGAAAAUGUUGCUAUUGAAACGCUCAAAGAGGCAUUUGAUCAGAAAUGGCCUAUCGAAGAGAUUUAUGAACUUUACAAGAGAAGAUAUUUGCUGAGAUAUACCAGUAUUGAAAUAUUCUUCUUGAAUCGAACCGCAUUCUUCUUCAAUUUUGAUAAGGCCAUGUCGAUGCAGUAA